AUGGUCUGGACUUUCUUCCCUCAAGGAGAGGUACACAAAUGUGAAGAAAUGCAUGGUCUUCUGCUCUUUGCUCAGGAUGACUCUCAGCGCAUCACCACUCGGCCUAUUGUGCCUCGACACCAAGGUGGAGAUAUAUGGAUGGAAGUGGAUAAGCUGCCCCGUGUUUAUGGAGAGGGUCAAAUAAUAACAACCAAUAAAAUCUUAUUCCGAGGGAAGAUAAAGGUGACGUGGAAGAUGCAUACUAAGCCCUUGUUGCGGUCACUGGACAGGGAGUUGGCAAGAUUACCGCCGCUCUCUCAAGUUUCGCCAAGAAAACUGGGUCGUUCAGACGUCGGUGAUUUGGACUUGGAUUAUAUCAACCUGAAAUGGCCCACCUCCUUGGAUGAUCCUUUGGGAAAGCCAGAGUGUAUGAGCAAAAGUAUCGACGAGGUGGUUCGAAGUAGUUCAAAAAUGUGCAUGACCUCAGCGGGCAGACUGAGGGAACUCCACGCCACCCAGUUUCAGCCGCAUAAGUUUACGCUUUUGCUGACGGGAAAAGAAUUGUAUUUGGAGAAGCGACCCACCCAAAAGUUGUGCUCUGAGAAGACGCACAACAAAAUUUGA